AUGGAGCGGACUGGGGUCUUCAGGAGCACCUGGCACCUGGCCUACAUCCCCACCCCCCCUCCAUCAGACAGCCACUGCGGGGCACAGGAGAAGCCUCCCUCCACAGCAGAUGGUCUCCAUGCUCCGCUUGUCCUGUACUCACCGCCUGUGACCCCACACCUUUCUGCCAGGACGAGCAGUGCACACCGCACGGCCAUGGGUCCCCGAGCAGGUGGUCAGGUGAACCCAGGCCUCGCCCUCCUCGUGUGGCUCACAGCCCACUGCUCUCGUCCCCAGGCCCAGGGCUCCUCCCAGGGAGGGCUGGAGGCCAGCGGGGAUGACCUGUGGGGCAGUGCCAAUACCUCCCUCCUACAUGCCUUCUGGUGCCAGCCGGCCAGCCAGCUGUCCCGGGACCAGCUUUCCACUCUCAUCCAGGGGAUGGCGACCCAGCAGGUCCCCCUCAGGGCCUGGCAGCUCAGCUGCCUGGCCAACCUGGCCACUUGGCACGGCCUCCAGGACGACUUCGAGCUCCACCCCCCCAACCUGCUGCUCUUCUACAACCUGACGCAGGUAAGGGAAGCCACUUGCCGGGCCUUCAUCCGCCGCGCCGCCCAGGGGGACACAGAGAUGCUCGCCAACCUGCCAGAUCAGAGGUUCGCCCUGCAGCACAUGGCCUUGGCCUGCUUGGGAGCACCCCGCCGACGGCUCAGUGCCUUGGACCUGCUGCUCCUUGGAGCCCUGGUGUGUGACAUGCACGCGUCCCGCAUCGAGACCGCAGACCCGCAUGUGCUGGAGAACCUGCAGCGCUGCCACCGGCUGACGGCCCCCCAGCAAGCUGCUCUCAACUCGCUGCUGGCUGGUGGCAAGACCGUGCUGGGGCCUCCCGGUUCCUGGAACCUGGAGGGGCUGCAGGCCCUGGGAGCCCUGGCCAGCUACAUAAGCUCCGGCCUGUGGAUGCAGGUGCAGGAGGCCAUGGGCCUGGCCUUCUUCAGCAGCAUGGUGGCCACGUACCGAGCUGGGCGGCUCAGCCAGGGUGAUGCCAGACGCUUCGUCACGGGCUUUCUCAAGGCCAAGGCCGUGUCAGUGUCCUCUCGACCCAAGCGGGGCACAGACGCAAGGAGACCCUGCGUCCACGGGGACAUCACGGCGGCCACGCUCCUCGACAACCUCUUCCUGGUGCGCUACGACUGCGUGCAGCUUGAGUCCUGCCUGGGGAGCCGCGUGCUCCAGGCCAACCUGGACCCGCUCCUGCAGCACCCGCUCCCAGCAGAGUGCCAGCGCGUCGUCAAGGCCAAGCUGGCUCGGGUAUACCCGCACGGCGUCCCCGAGGAGCAGCUACGACUCAUCACCUCGCUGGUCUACCUCUACUCCCGCUCGGAGAUCAGCCAGUGGAACAUCACGUCCAGGGACACGGUCGUGGCCCUGCUGGCCUCGGACGUGGCCCUGGAGAACCAGACCGAGGCUGUCCUACAGAAAUACCUGGACCACAACGGCACCAUCACCAGCGCCCUGCUCAUGGCCAGGGGCUCCGUCCUCUGCUGGAUGAGUGCCCGGCAGAUCCAGGCCAUCAGGCCAGUGGAGUUCCGGCGGGCCGGGGCCCUGGAUAUCUCCUCCUGCCCGCAGAGCCGGAAGGACGUGCUCUACACCAAAGCCCGCGAGGCCUUUGGCAGCGCCAGGAACACAGCUAGCUACUCACUCAUGCGUCCCUACCUAGGUGAGACCCUCCCCUGUGUGCAGGCCCCCCUGUCCCAGAGGCACCCUGCCCUGUCCUCUGACCACUGCCUGCCCCCAGGAGGGGCCCCCGUGGAGGAGCUGCGGCACCUGGCCCAGGCCAACGUCUCCAUGGAUAUCGACACCUUCACCAACCUGAACCCCCGAGUGCUGCAGAGCCUGAGUGUCGGCAACGUGACGACCCUGCUGGGCCAGAAUGUGGGGGACCUGCAGAAGGCCCGCAGCCAUCCCACCAUCAGCUCCUGGCUCCGCAGCCUGAACACCUCGGCCCUAGGAGAGCUGGGCCUGGACACAGACGCUGCCAGCCCCACCGGCCCAGCCCGCUCCACCACCGACCCGGACACCACACCCUGGGCGUCCCAUCUAGCCCCCACCGCGGGCCAGCUGGGGAACAACGGCCCCACCUCCGGCAGCGCAACCAGCCCACCUGCGAUAUUGGCACUCACUGCAGCCCUGCCCUCAGGCCUCCUGUGGCUGCUGUACUGGGGCAUCCCGGGGCCCAGCCAGGACUGCUCCCGGGGCACCUCCAAGGCCUCCAAAGACAGCGCUGGCCCAGUGCCACAUGCAGAGAAAUUGGGGCUGGUAGGUGGAGCUAGACACCUGCUCAGGCCCCCGCCCAGGCUCCAGGGCCAGAGGACCUGGCCAUGUCCCACCUCCUAG